GAGAGCUUUUGAAGUGAACGGCGAACCGAACGUGUCAGUUCAAAUUUCGCCCGACUAGAAGUCGAAAAGUCCUCUCAAAGACGUCAAUCUGAUUUUCUCAUGCUUGCUUUAGUUCGGAAGCAGUUUGUUGCUUAAAUUAUAACGAAAUAAUUGCCCUGAGAAGUGUUUGAACCAUGUCUCGUUUCUUUGCUGGGGGCUCGGAGUCCGACUCCGAUAGCUCAUCUGAUAGUGAGCCAGUACAGCGUCAGGCAGCGCCACAGUUUACAUUUAGUGACGAGGAAGAAGACGUAAAACGCGUUGUCCGCUCAACCAAGGAGAAGCGCUAUGAAGACCUUUCAAGUAUAAUCAAAAGUAUUCGAAAUUUUAAAAAGAUUAAAGAUAUGCCCAGCUUAUUAAGUAGCUUCGAAGAUUUAACACGAGCUUACGCUAAAGCCAUACCAGUGAUUACCAAGGUUGAAAAUGGAAUUACACCACGUUUCAUCAUACGUGCCCUAGCUGAGCUUGAAGAUUUUAUCAAUGAAGUGUGGGAUGACAGGGAAGGACGAAAGAACUUAUCGAAAAAUAAUUCCAAAUCUUUAGGAACAUUGCGGCAAAAGUUCAGAAAAUACAUAAAAGAGUUUGAGAGCGACUUGAAAAAGUUUCGCGAGUCUCCGGAUGCUGGUGACGAUGAUGAUGAGGAGGAGGACAAGAAAGAUGAUCAAUCGGAAGAUGAGGAAGUUACAGCCCCUACAGCUACUAGACAAGUUUCGUUUAAAAAGACGGUGGAAAAGGUUAAAAUAGAGAAGGAUGAUGACGACUCGGAUGAUUCGAUUGACUGGGGUUCGGAUUCAGAAUCCGAAGAGAGUUCCACUGAUGAGGACACUCAAUACACUAGUAUUCGUGAACGCUUUUUGAAACGUUCUGAUAAAGAUGACGGUGAGGAUGGUGAAAAAAAGAAGGAAAAGAAGAAAGUCAGAGAAGCAAAAGAUAGCCGUAAGAGUAAGCGAGUUGAUGAUGACGACGAAGGAUGGGAAGUGGUCAACGGAAAUCGAUCGGCUACAUCAGAGCAACCUAAGAUGUUUGCGAAGGAUGCAGAAAUCGACAUCAAUUUGGUGAUAAACAAGUUAAAUGAGGUCAUGGCCGCUCGUGGUAAAAAGAGAACUGAUCGUAAAUUGCAAAUUGAAUUUCUCCGAGAGUUACGUGCUGUAGCUGAUGCUAACAACCUUGGCGCUGCUGUGGCAGCGAAAAUUCGUUUCAAUAUUGUUUCAGCUAUUUUUGAUUAUAAUCCUAAAGUCUCGGAACCGAUGAAACUAGAACAUUGGUCUAAGUUGUUGGAGGAAAUACAAGCUCUUAUCAAACUGCUUCUUGCCAACGAGGAUAUUCAUCUAUCAGAGACUGUUCUUGAUGAGAAUGAAGAAUACGAAACGGCUCCUUACAAAAUUCGCGGUUGUAUGUUAACAACUGUGGAACGUUUGGAUGAUGAAUUCACCAAGCUCCUGAAGGAAUGCGAUCCGCACAGUAAUGAUUAUGUCGACCGUUUGAAAGAUGAAGUCACUGUGACCAGUGUAAUUGAGGAGGUCGUUAGAUACGUUGAGCGUUUGGGAGACGAGAUGGAAAUAUGUAGAAUCUAUCUUCGUAAAAUUGAUCAUUUAUACUACAAGUUUGAUCCAAAUGUGUUGAAAAAACGAAAAGCCCAACUACCGGCAAACACAACGACAUCAGUAGAUGAAAUGGAACGUCUUUGUCGCUUCAUCUAUGCUAAAGAUCAAACUGAUCGUCUCCGUACUCGAGCUAUUUUGUCUCAUAUUUUCCACCAUGCAUUGCACGACAACUGGUUUCAAGCACGUGACUUGGUGCUUAUGUCGCAUCUUCAAGAGACAAUUCAUCAUUCAGAUCCCCCCACACAAAUUCUUUAUAACAGAACAAUGGCCAAUCUAGGACUUUGCGCAUUCCGGCAUGGUAACAUUAAAGACGCCCACCAGUGUCUGGUGGAUCUAAUGAUGACUGGUAAACCGAAAGAGCUUCUUGCUCAAGGAUUGGUUCCACAGCGACAAAACGAGCGUUCCCUGGAGCAAGAAAAGGUUGAAAAACAACGUCAAAUGCCUUUCCAUAUGCACAUCAAUCUGGAGCUUCUAGAGUGUGUCUAUCUGGUUUCAGCUAUGCUGCUAGAAAUUCCCUAUAUGGCAGCACAUGAAUUUGAUGCUCGCCGCCGUAUGAUAAGUAAAACAUUCUAUCAACAGCUACGCUCCUCUGAGCGACAAUCGUUAGUUGGCCCACCUGAGUCGAUGCGCGAACACGUCGUGGCUGCCGCCAAGGCAAUGCGACAUGGCGAUUGGAAUGCUUGCGCGAACUUUAUCGUGAACAAAAAAAUGAACGUUAAGGUUUGGGAUCUGUUCUAUGAAGCAGAUCGCGUACGUGAAAUGCUGACUAAAUUUAUCAAAGAGGAAUCAUUGCGUACAUACCUUUUCACUUAUUCCAACGUUUAUGCCUCGAUUAGCGUUCCCUAUUUGGCGGAAAUGUUUGAUCUAGCAAAGAGCAAAGUUCAUUCACUAAUUAGUAAAAUGAUUAUUAAUGAAGAAUUGAUGGCUUCGCUGGAUGAUCCAACCGAAACCGUAGUAUUACAUCGUUCGGAACCAUCGCGUCUGCAAGCUUUGUCGAUGCAGCUGUCUGAUAAAGUAACCAAUUUGGUCGAUUCCAAUGAGCGUAUAUUUGAGAUGAAGCAAGGUAACUUCUUUCAACGCGGUGGCAAUCAGGGCUACAAUCGCGACAGACAAAACUAUCGUAAUCAGAACCAGAAUCAAAACUGGAACAAUAAUCGCCGUCAGGAUAACCGUGGCAACCGCGGAAACCGCAAUCAGAACCGUGAUCAUCGUGAUCAGCGUGAACAUCGUGUAGAAUUUGCUGACGAUAAGGCUGAGUAAACGAUACGAUUCAACCGGCUCAAGAUUCCGGUGUAAUCUUGUAGUUCUUGUUUGUGGCUAUUGGACAUUUUCGGCUAGAGUUUUCGCAUUCACAGCAGUUUGAAAAUAUUCACAACAUAAUCCAAAUUAUAUCUAACAUACAAUGAAUAUAUCAAUAUACAAAUGCUGUGUUCCCGAUCUGGGUAAUGUUUUGAAAUGCUGCGCUCAGAUCGGGAAUACCUACAGAAUGUACCGUAUAGUUGGUCUAAUAUUUCUGAUGACGCUAGAAAAGAUAAUAAAACUUUACUUAUAUCCUUA